ACCACCAAAGGGUUUAAGCUUCCCAAAACCUCUUCAAGCCAGAGCUUCAUUUUCUGCUCUCUGAAAAUAUCUGGUCGUCCUCCAUGGCUUCUCUCUCAAGGAGACUACUCCUCUUUCGCUCUCUCUACCACUCAAACCCCAACAGCGUGCUCUUCACGCGCUUCUGCACCACCGCCUCCUCCUCCUCAGAUAGCUCCGACUCAGACAAGCCCGUCACUCCGGACCUAGAGUCCGAAUCACGGCCCGACCCGACCCGCCGUGUUUUCCGCAACCAGCCGCUCGAGAAAGGCGUCGACGUCGGCAUUUACAAGGCGAUACUGGUAGGGCAGGUGGGGCAGACUCCGAUGCAGAAGAUACUGAAGAGUGGGGCGGCGGUGACCAUGUUCUCACUUGGGACCGGCGGGAUUCGAAACAACCGGAGGCCUUUGCAAACUGAGAGCCCGACGGAGUAUGCCAACCGCUGUGAGGUGCAGUGGCACAGGGUUUGUGUUUAUCCGGAGAGGCUCGGCAAGAUUGCGGUGCAGAAUGCUCCGCCUGGUUCAAUUAUAUAUGUGGAAGGCAAUCUAGAGACCAAAAUCUUCACUGACCCAGUAACUGGGCUUGUACGACGAGUUAGAGAGAUUGCUGUUCGGAAAAAUGGUCGCCUUGUGUUUUUGGGUAAUGGAAAUAUUGCUGAGCCAGCAGUAAAAGGGAUCAGAGGUGUUGGCUACUACUGAUAGUUUUGUUCUAAGCUGUAUCAGAGGUUUUAGAUUGAUAUUUGUACUUUUGUAAUUGAUAUUCUGUUCUGGUGCUUCAACUCUUCAAGUAAUUUAGACCGAGUGAAUCCUGUU